AAAUCGAUCUUUCAUUCACAGGCGCAAUACACAGUAGAAGAAGAGAAAAUGAAACUUUUACUUUUUUGUGCUGCCAUUGGACUCAUUUCUGGUGUCAAAGGAGGGAAGGUUGCCUUUACAGCCCUUCUGUCCAAACACACAACAGUGGGCGCUCACGCUGUGGUGAAGUAUGAUCACGUGUUGACAAAUUGGGGCGGAGCCUAUCAACCAACAACCGGCUUUUUCACCGCCCCCUAUAAUGGUCUCUACAGCAUCUCCUGUAGCUUGAUGAGUCAUCCAAGUAAUGCUGUUCACGUCAGUAUUACUAAGAAUGGUAAAGAGAUGUCUAUGGUGCAUUCUAAUGCCAACACAUACCAACAUGCUAGUCAGACUCUACAACUGCUGUUAAACAAGGGGGAUAGAAUCUGGAUCCAGAACAGGAACGGCAAGAAUGCAAAGUUCUAUGACCACAAAUCUUUCAAUGUCUUUUCUGGUGUUCUAAUCAACGAACUGUAAAUCUAUUUCUGGAGUUGGACUCUAUAUUAAACACAAUCUGCAUCCA